AUGUCGGUAUGUUCACAACACUGUCUUGCAUCUCAGGACAGUUCAUAUUUAGAUGAUUCCAAAUUACAAUUUAGUGAUUUGGCCACAAAAUAUGGCCAUCCGGCCACAGAAUACGAGGUUAUCACAGAAGACGGAUACAUUCUCUCUCUGUUCAGACUCCCCGGUGAUAGUCGUUAUCCAAUACUACUGAGUCACGGUUUCCAAGGAACAGGAGACGACUGGAUUUUGAGAGGUAAAGAAUCUCUUAGCAUCACCUUGGCUAAUAAAGGCUACGACGUCUGGAUUGGUAACUAUAGAGGCAAUCGAUAUUCCAGACGGCACCAAUACCUCAACCCAGACCUCGACGACAGUUUCUGGAAUUUUAGUUUCCAUGAACUCGGUUAUUUUGAUCUUCCUGCUUUUAUUGACACCGUUUUGAAUGUAACCAAAGCUACAAGACUAGCAGCCGUCGGUCACUCUCAAGGAAAUACUGUAUUUUACGUUCUGGGCUCUACCAGACCAGAAUACAAUUCCAAAGUUAGUAUUAUGAUAGCCCUAGCACCUAUAUGUUUUCUACAAAACACUAAGUAUCCAGUUUCAAUAGCCAUACAGAAUGCACCGCUGCUGAAUGCAUUGGCAAAUAGAAUUGGCCUCACAGAAGUCCUAGUAUUCAGUGAAGAAUUGAGAUCCUUCCUUCCAUCGAAAACCGCAUUGAAUUUUACUUCUCUGGCUUCAAAGUAUGGAUACAAAGCGGAGUACUACGAGAUAGUCACCGAUGACGGUUACAAACUUGGACUAUUCCAUAUUCAGGGAAAAAAACCGGGACCGAUACUGUUAAUGCACGGAAUAGCUGACACCAGCGACACCUGGCUGUUGAGAGGCAAAAACUCUCUCGGAAUCACACUCGCAGAAAAAGGAUACGACGUCUGGUUCGGAAAUAUCAGAGGCAACAAAUAUUCCAGACAACACAAAACACUAAAUCCAAACAAAGACAGUGCCUUCUGGCAGUUCAGUUUUCAUGAGCACGGCUAUUACGACCUCAAAGCGAUAGUUGACACCGUUCUAUCCGAGACAAAACAUACCAAAUUGACAGCUAUCGGUCAUUCUCAAGGUAACACGAUAUUCUACGUGCUAGGAUCCACUCGGCCGGAGUAUAAUGACAAGAUCAACGUUCUUGUAUCUCUAGCACCCGUCUGUUAUCUGAGCCACGCGCCAUCACCUCUCGCAAUACUCAUCAAGUUCGCUCCGGAGAUAAAUACCAUUGCAAAGGCAAUAAACUUGAACGAAAUAUUCGGAAAUGCCACUAUAAACGGGAAGCUUAUUGACCUUUUAUGUAACCACGUGUUAAUCGGAUAUCCCGUGUGCGCUCUGGGCGCACUGCUACCGCUAUCGGGCUUCGAUGUAACUGAAUUCGGACCGGCUUUUUAUAAAAUAGCGAUCGAACAUUUCCCGUCCAGUACGACAAGGCACAAUUUAUACCACUUCGCCCAAGUUGCUAGAAGAAAGAGUUUCUCAAAAUUCGACUACGGCCCAGAGAGGAAUAUGAAGGAAUAUAAAUCGCUGAUGCCUCCAGAUUAUGAACUGAAAUCGGUUACGAUGCCAGUGGUCCUGUUGGCAGCCAAUAACGACAAAGUAUGUAUGCUGGAAGAUGUCCAAAGAUUGAGAUCGGAACUACCCAACGUUGAGAACUACCAAAUCAUCGAACGUUACCUGAUGAACCACUUCGACUACGUGUGGGGAGAGAAUAUGCCCAACUACCUGUUCCCGCAUAUAUUUCGAGCAAUAGAAAAUAUUUAA